AUGGCGGAAGCUUCCAGGACCUCGGAGGCCCGCCGGGACGCUGUGUUCGGGCGGUGGGUCGUCUUCUCGCCGGCGCGCUCGCGCCGCCCCACCGACCUCAAGUCCCACUCCCCCACCAACCCUAGCCCCGGCCCCAGCCCAGGGGCCGACUCGCCGGCGCCGCCCAAGCCGUCCUGCCCCUUCUGCGCCGGCCGCGAGUCCGAGUGCGCGCCCCAGAUCUUCCGCGUGCCGCCCGACGGCACCCUGCCGUGGCGGAUCCGCGUCAUCCAGAACCUCUACCCCGCACUGCGCCGUGACGUGGAGCCGCCGCCCCCGCCGCCUGUGCUGCCGGAGGGGGAGGCUCCCCCGGACGAGCCCGGGGAGCGCGCCGUCCCCGGGUUCGGCUUCCACGACGUGGUCAUCGAGACGCCACGCCACGACGUGCGCCUCUGGGAUCUGGACGCCGAGGGCGUCCGCGACGUGCUGCUCGCCUACGCGGAGCGCGUGCGGCAGCUCGGGGAGCACCCCGCGGUGAAGUAUGUUCAGGUGUUUAAGAACCAUGGGGCAUCUGCUGGAGCUUCAAUGGCACAUUCACACAGCCAAAUGUUGGGAACUCCCUUUGUCCCUCCCUCUGUUACAACUCGGCUUAACUGCAUGAAGGAGAUUUUUGACAGAUCAGGGAACUGCAGCCUUUGUGAGAUUAGGUCCAAAGAUAUCCUGAUCAGUGAAACACCUAAUUUUUCUGCCAUUGUUCCUUUUGCAGCAUCAUAUCCAUUUGAGAUAUGGAUUAUUCCUCGACAACAUAUUUCCUAUUUUCAUGAAAUCGAUCAAGAUAAGGCACUGGAUCUUGGGUCUCUGUUAAAGACUAUGCUGCAAAAGUUGUCUAAGCAGCUCAAUGACCCGCCAUUCAAUUUUAUGAUCCACAGCGCACCAUUUGGGCUUUCAUCAUCCUGCCUGCCUUAUACACACUGGUUCCUCCAGAUUGUGCCCCAGUUAAGUGUAAUAGGCGGAUUUGAGCUUGGAAGUGGGUGCUACAUCAAUCCAGUUUUCCCUGAAGAUGCUGCAAAGAUUCUUAGGGAACUUGACUGCUCAGUCUAG